AUGACCGACGCCAACACAAGGGACCCGUCCCCUCAGAACAGUGCACCGCACCUGCCUCCAGCGGGACGCCACUCUGUCCCCAGAGAAAAGCCGUGGAGCGAACGGUUCCCCAGCAAAGACUUUCAGGACUAUCAAAGACAGGCGGCGCUGCGGCUUGCCAGAGCACAAGAAGCCGGCAUACAGUUGUGCGAUAUCUACUUCGAUGCCGCAUGGGGCCUUCCUUGGUGGGAGGGAAUGAAAACAGUUGGUCUGAGGCCGGGCGAAGGGCAGAAGCUGGUGAGACUGUCGGGCAACGGCGAAUCCUCGCACGGUGAGCCAAGCAACAAUGACGACCUUGCCAGCAGAGCAGCAGCUCCCGAGUCAUUUAGUGGAGACAAGUUCCUCGAACAAUGCAUGUAUGGGGUUUCCCCCACAAACAGGGAAGCAUAUGCCCAGCUUGCGGACAUGAUCUGGAAGGAAAUAGAAACGGGCUUGAUUUGGAUGGGCGGUUCCGAUUAUGAGAAGCUCGUUGAUUCCAUGACCGACUGGUCCAACGAGGGCGAGGGCGAAUCCACUACUUUAUAG